AUGUUUGGUUUACCUGCUUCUUCCCGCUAUCUCACUUCGAAUGGAACAAACAUUCAACAACAACAACAGCAACAAAACAGAUUUCAUCCAUAUAGUUUUAAACGUGUAGUAAAAAAAUGUGCAUUUGAUAUUGAUUCACUUUUAAAACCAACAAAUAAUUCAAGUUAUAUAGAUGAUACUGAAGAUGGUUCGAGUGAUGAUGGUCAUGUUCAUCUUGAAUCAUCUUCAUCUUUUUGUAAUUCACCUAUAUCAGCGUAUACAUUUCUGAAUCAAUUGAAAACCAAUGAAAAUUUAACAUUAUCAUCAUCAUUUGAAUCUGAUCAUUCAACUAUUCAAACAAAGUCAAAACGUAUUCGAACAAUAUUUACACCAGAACAACUCGAAAGACUUGAAACAGAAUUUGAAAAACAACAAUAUAUGGUUGGAAAUGAACGAUUGUAUUUAGCAAAAAAACUUGAUUUAAGUGAAGCACAGAUAAAGAUAUGGUUUCAAAAUCGUCGUAUUAAAUGGCGUCGUCAAGCACUUGAUACUCAACAAUAA